AUGCAUCACGAUUGGCCAUGCAGUCUUCAUUCUCUCAUGUCCCCUCAUUGGCGUCCCGAAGAUGUGGUGGCUGAGAUGUGGGCAAGCGAUUCAGAAUUCUUCUCCGUUCAACGAGAGGGUGAUUUAGUCUUUUCGGACUUCUUCCACCUUUCAAUGCAGUUGGCUGAGCACCUACGUCCUCUAGCUCCAACACUGGUGGGUAUUUUGUGGUCUCCCAGUGUCUAUACUGUCGUGGCAGUUCAUGGCGUCCUCCUCUCCUCUUCAGCCUUUAUGCCUCUUUCUGACCUUAAUUGUUUGUCUCAAAUGCUUGAGCUGUUCGGUGCUGUGAUCUGCCUCUCAACCGAGUCGGAUAUUUCGGAUGAGAAUUUCAAAUGCAUCCAAACCUCUCCUUUCAAAAUUUUCACCCGAAGUGGUGAAAUUUUUCGUCUUCCUCUUAUUGAUCUUGCCUACUGCAUUACGACGUCGGGAUCUACUGGAUCACCGAAGCUCGUUCUAAUAAGUCACUCAUGCGCAUCAGCCAAUGUCGUUGACCUCUGCACUCAUCUCCCGCCUACAGUAGACACAUCAGGGGUCUUUGUCACUGCACCGCUCACCUUCGAUGCAUGCAUCAUUCAACUCUACCUUGGACUAGCCACUCGCCGGCGCGUCGUUCUUAUUUCCACCUCUCUUACUUUCAACAUGGAGGGUAAAUUCUUGGCGCAGGUGAUUUCAUCUGCCAACGUAGACACCUGGCAGUGCACUCCUAGUAUUUUCAGUCGUGUGCCGUCAUCACCAGCGCGACUCAAAGACAUGUGGAUUUUCCUCGGUGGUGAACCCUGCUCGCCAGCACGACUACCAAAGUGGACAAAUAACUGGAAAUUCUUCUUCCUUUACGGAUUAACCGAAGUUUCUGCCUGGAGCAGUAUCGUCGAAGCCAACGCACUUCUAUCGGAGGAGCCUCCAAGAGCAGGUGCAACACCUCUUGGGGUUGCGAUGGCCCAUUCACAGAUCGUUCUCAAGGACGUCGAUAAGAAGACAGGUGUUGGUCAAGUUUACACUGCGCGAACGAGAGGUGGCUAUGCAUCCGUCGAGGAGCCAUUCACAACCGUCAGAUUGUUCGAAGCAUUGCAACGAAUGCCAGAUGCAGGUUUUGUGGCAACUGGUGACUUUGCAAUUGUAUCUCCAACUAGUCAUUCUCCGUUGUGGUUUCUCGGGCGAAAGGACAGGGUAGUCAAAGUACAUGGACGAAAGUGUCAUUUGGAGAGCUUGGAGACGGAGAUACUGGAACUGCUAGCCAAUCGUGUAAGCAGGAGUCAUCACGUGAUUAACUGUCGUUGUGACGUUCAUCCACUUCGAGCUUAUGUCCAGCUGGAUGAACCCCUUUCUCCUCAGGAAACUAAUGACAUAAAAGAGUGGCUGCUGCAACGAAUAGCCUUCCCAAUCCCAUCAUGCAACUUAAUCCUAUCGAAUUCUCUCCUUACUUUAAACGCUAACGGCAAGGUGGUUGACAAAUCUGUACGGCUUACUUGCCUCUCUUCAAUUGGACCUGUGGAUGAGAGUAAGCUUCAUCAUCAUCAGACCUUCCAACAGCUUGGUGGAUCUUCUCUGAGAGCAAUGCAUCUUAUUGAAAGCCUCAUCAGUGAUUGGCCGUCUUUGAAGGACAAGAGGGCACUACUUCUGAGCACUCUCUUCAGUAGACCCUUUACAAAGUUUAUCCAAUUAGCACAGGAGUCCGCCUUGCCAGAAAUUGAGGGUGGUGAGGAGACGCUUGUGUUCAACACAGAUAUGCGAAAAAAGGCGCGAUCAGGGUGUAAAGCUGAGUUGAUGUGGAGUGCAGAAUUGGGAAAAUGUGUGGACGCUUCUCCCGUAGUGGACGCCGCAAUGGAGAGCAUAUUUGUCGGAAGCCACGCAGGUAUUUUUAGGAAAUUGUGCCUCAGAACCGGGAAGGUUGUUUGGUCCCACGCAAUUGAAAGUCGUAUUGAGGCCACUGCAUGCCUGAUAGAUGAUCUAGUCGUAUUUGGUACCCUUGAUGGGCAUUUGUACGCGCUGAGAGUGGCUGAUGGUGUAUUGGUAUGGACGCUAGAGACGGGCGGAGCUGUGAAAUCGGCUCCAACUCGGGUUCCCAAUUCAUCCCUGCUGCUUGUCGGCUCGCAUGGCCAGCAUGUCCUCGCAGUCGAGGGUAGAGGUCACAGAGUGUGGGCGACCAACCUUGAUCGGUCGCCCAUUGUGGCUCCCGUCAUCGUAGAUGAGAAAUCAGAAUUCGCUUUUGUUGGAACUCUCGGUGGUUGUCUCCACAGGAUCAAUGUCGAACUUGGCGACAUUGAUUGGUCAGUUAACGAGCUGGGACCGAUAUUCGGUGCUCCAACCCUUUUGAGUUGUCUCGGACGCGUCGUUGUUACCACAGCGGACGGGGGGAUAUACUGCAUGUCAGAGUCUAGGGGAGAGCGGCUAUGGAUGGCCACUGUAACACCACAAGGGGGCUUUUUCUCACCUCCUGUUCCCCUGCCUCAUUGUCCUCCACUCCUACUCUUGGCCAACCAAUCUGGGCACUUGCACGCCCUAGCGUCCACUGACAGCUGCUUAAUGUGGAGCGCUGAUUGUGGUACCGUGGAGCAAGCAGAUGGAGCGCGCACCGCCUUCCUCACUACGCCCAGCAUAAUCUUGCAAGAGCAGCAACAACGACCCCCACUGGUGUUCUUUGCUCGGACAGACGGAUGCCUGUUCGUUUGCGUGGGCCACACCAGAACCCCGCCCAUUCCCCAUGUCAUAUACCGACUUCCUUCUGAGACUUUCUCAGUUCCCCUUCUCCUUCGCCUUGAACCCAACACAAUCUCCAUCUUGAUUGGGUGUAGAGACGAUACAGUGAAGCGACUGGACAUUAACUUGGAUGAGAUUUUUGAAGUGAUUCAUUAA